AUGGCCCCUCCUAAGAUCAUCAAAGCCUUGAAUGAGUCAGAGGUCGUCUGCAUCUACGAUGAGGCUAGUAAUCCCAUCGUUCCAAAGAAGACCUUGAGAAGCAUCGGUAAAGAUGUGUUAGACGUCUUUCUCCCAGCCGGUUACCCCCAUACUGUGACGCCUGACUACACUCCUUACCAGAUUUACGACUCUCUCCAAGCUUUUUCUAGCACAAUUGCCGGUCUCCUCUCGUCCCGGGCCGUGCUCCAGGGUUUCGGCGUUGGAGAUUCCACUUCUUCGGCAACUGCAGCUGUACUUCUUACUGUGCUGCAGGAGUCAACCGGCAGACUCUCCACAAUCUUAUUUGCACACCGUCAUGGUCGAGCUAUAGAGCCAGAGUGCAAAUACUACCGCUUCCUUGCUGAUAUCGUCAAUGAUUCAGCUUUUUUUCUUGAUCUACUGUCUCCAGCUCUACCCACGUAUCCUAAGAUCCUUGCACUCUGUGGGGCCGGCAUUCUUCGCGCGCUCUGCGGAAUCUCUGGCGGCGCUGCUAAAGCUUCUCUUAGCGCUCACUUUGCCAAGAACGGAAAUCUUGCAGAGCUCAAUGCUAAGGAUGGAAGUCAAGAGACCGUAAUCUCACUCCUAGGCAUGCUGGUCGGCAGCUUAUUUGUUCAUAUUGUACACGGAAAGAUAGCCGUGGUGGUUUCGAUGAUCAUUCUUGUCGGUGUCCAUCUCUGGACUAACUACCAGGCUGUUCGCUCUGUACAGAUGCGUACCCUGAACAGACAGCGACUCACUAUCCUACUGGAAGAGGCAUCCGGCCCUCGUGGUGCCAUUCUUCGUCCCGACCAGGUAGCAGCAAAAGAGCGAAUUCUUACUUGGGUUAAUCCGCGUAUCACAUUCGCUACGACAUUCCCCCGGCUUCGCGAGAUCAGUCACUUCAAGAAUCAGAAGUACCGAAAUCGUGGCUACGUCAUUGUUCAACAACCCACAGGUCAAAAGAUCUUCCUAAAACAGGGUACCCCCACAGUAGCUGCUUUAGAAGCGUGGGUCGAGGCUCACACGGGAUCACACUGGCCGGCAGACAGCGUAUUCUGGAAGAGCCUCAAGGCUGCUGGCUGGGACCUCCAGACAAAUGCUAUGGAGACGGGUCCUUCUGUCCGGAUCGUUAUGGGCGAUGAGAAUAAAUUGGCUUAG